UUUCAGGCUGCAUGAAAACCAGGGAAAAUGGGGGGAAUGAAUAUUCAUGUGCCUAAAACUGCAGGAUUGAAUUAGGAUUCUUUCUUGAUUCUUCCACAGCCUGCCCUGUACAGACAUCACAAAUCACUUAAAAAAAACUUGUUUCUUCAUUUAUAACCCAGCAAUUUCUGUCUCACAGAGAGGUGCAAGGUUAGCUGAGGCAAAGCUGAUAAAAUCUAGAGGGAAAGAGCUGUGAAAACUUCAUUCCAUUGCACUGACUGAACUUCCCUGAGUGUAGUGGGGAGUUGGAGUUUUUCCACCAGGGCUCUUCAGACAGAGCUGAGACAGAGGGUCACUAAGUGCCAGGGUUGCAAUAAUUUGAUUUCAAGACUUUAUGGAGCAGUAGGAAUGAUUGUGGAAGGCUCUCUCUUGCAGUAUGCUCUGUGUUCCAUAAGCCACUAUAGACAUCACUUUUCCAGGAAAUUCAGCUGUGGCAGGAGCUGCUGCACAGUUGUGGGUGCUGUGCUCAGGCUGCUACAGUGAGGCACUGGUGGGAAAGGUGAGCUGUGCUCUGAAUGAUUGUUGGCCUUUGCAAAUGCUGCUCAAAAGAGGCCCUUGUCAUUUAUUUGUGGGAAAACUGCAUAAGCAGCAGCUGGCUUUGCCCUUUUUCAGGAUUAAAUUGAUUUGUCACUAAACUAAAACAUCCCCAAGCUAAACUGGUCAAUUAACAGACACACUGAUUACCCUUCAGCAAGGGCACAGCUGACACAGGUACUACAUCUUUUUUUUAGUGUAAAGCUGAUUUAAUGACAAGAAACACAGGCUGAAAGAAUCUCUGAGCAUUUCUGCUCUGCUCCUAAUGAUAACAUGGAAAAAGUCUCAGUAAACUUAGAAAGCAGAACAAAGAGUGGAGUGGGAAGCUAAUGGGAACAUGUGUCAUGCUGCCAUGGCAUCAGAGCCGGUGUGUUCUCCAGGCUUUUUCAAAAACUACUCUGAGUGAGUUCUGAGUUCAGCUCCAGGGCUGUGGGAAGGGGGGAGGCAGACUCAGAUCUUCUGGUGAUGCUCAGUAUUAUCACAGUGCUGCUUGCUGGGCUGCUCUUUUAUUGCUGCCAUGGCCACAGCCUGUCAUUUGGGAAUCAGGGGUGAUGUUCCUUGCUUUGCCAAGAUUUGAUUUCCUUUCUUGUCAUAAUUAUGCUGGAAGCUUGAGAACAUCCAAAAUUAGAGGCAUCAAUAUAGAAAUCUUCCUUUUCAGCUGAACUCUAAACCCAAGAGUGAGUUCUUGCUGCCACCCAUUUUCCUGGAGAAAGAUGUUAACAGCUGGAAAGCCUUUGAAGAGCCUCCUUCUUCUGAUUUUGUGGCUUGUUUUGUCUCCUGAAAUCAGCUGCACACACCUAUGCCUGUGACUUUCAUUCUUAGCACUGCAUAAGGAAACUUUCUGGACCCCAGCAGGUACUUCAAUGGGGCAGAUUAGAAAACAAAACCAGAAUUAAUUGAAAAUCACUGCCUAUGUGUUGCUGCUGACUCACGGUGCCAUUACCACCUCUCUCCUCCCCCAUCACCCAGUCUGGCUUCUGCUUUUUUUAUUUAUCUCUCUUUUUCUUUUCCUUCCCUUUCCCAUCUUGGGGUAUAGCUGAGUCGUUUCCCCUUUUUUCUCAAACCAGUUUUGUUCCUGAAAUUAUCUUUUCUCUAGUCACAAUACAGAGGGAGGCUGCACCCAAGACAGGUUUUCUCAGAGCCAGGACACAGGAGGAGACUCAAGGAAGCUUUUGUGACUGCAGAGGUGGAGUGAUACAGAAUGGCUGAUAUUAACAGGGAAUAAAAGUUUAUUUUACAGCUCUGAGACAGGACAACGCUGCUCACUGUUUCCCCUCACUGCUGCCAUGCUGGAAGAGGAUAAUGACGAGAUGUGUUGGAAUAACCUGGAGAAUUUCCGUGUGCAGCUGGUGUCGGUGGUUGACCCGUCGCGGAUCACCCCGUACCUGCGGCAGUGCAAAGUGCUCAGCCCCGAUGAUGAGGAGCAGGUCCUCAAUGACCCCAGCCUGGUCAUGCGCAAGCGGAAGGCAGGUGUUCUCCUGGACAUUCUUCAGCGAACAGGACACAAGGGCUUUGAGGCGUUUAUGGAGAGUCUUGAGCUUUAUUAUCCCCAGCUGUAUAAGAAAAUAACUGGCAAAGAGCCCAGCAGGGUUUUUUCUAUGAUUAUAGACACGGCUGGCGAGUCUGGCCUGAGCCAGGUGCUGAUGAACGAGAUCAUGAAGCUGCAGAGCGCGGUGCAGGAGGAGCGGCGCAAGGCGCAGGAGCUGGCGGGGUGGCUGCACUCCAAGGAGGACACGCUCAGGGAGAUGUGGGUCAGGGACAGCCUGCUCAGAAAGCACCAGGAGCGCGCCCAGAGGAUGAAGGAGGAGAGGGACAGCCUGAGCAAGGAGCUGCGCAAGUGCAAGGACGAGAAUUACAGCCUGGCCCUGAGCUACGCCAAGCAGAGCGAGGAGAAGAGCGCCGCCCUCAUGAAGAACAGGGACCUGCUGCUGGAGAUUGAUCAGCUGAAGCACAGCCUCAUGAAGGCUGAGGAUGACUGCAAGCUGGAGAGGAAGCACACCAUGAAGCUGAAACACGCCAUAGAGCAGCGCCCCAGCCACGAGGUGGUGUGGGAGAUCCAGCAGGAGAAGGAGCUGCUCUUGGCCAAGAACCAGGAGCUGGAAAACACUCUUCAGGUUGCCAGGGAGCAGAACUUGGAGAAGAGCCUCUCCAAGGAAGCUCUGGAGAAUGACUGUAGCCAGACUGUGGAAGAACGCCGGGAGCUGCUGAACACCAUUUACAGCCUGCGCAAGGAGCUGCACCGAGCCAAGGUGCUCCAGGACAAACAGUUUGCAGAGGAAAAAGAGGUGCUUGAGCUGCAGUGCACAUCUCUGAGGAAAGACUCCCAGAUGUACAAAAAGCGGAUUGAAGCUGUUCUGCAGCAGAUGGAGGAAGUGGCUUCGGAGAGAGACCAGGCUCUCCUGACCCGAGAGCAGUUCCACAUGCAGUAUUCCAAGAACCUGGUGGAGAGAGACGCCUACCGCAAGCAGAUCCGGGAGCUGGGUGAGAGGUGUGACGAGAUGCAGCUGCAGCUCUUCCAGAAGGAGAGUCAGCUCCUGGCCACCGAGGCCAAGCUGAAAAGGCUGCAGCUGGAGCUGCCCACUCUGACCUCUGACCUGGAUGACACCUCCUCCAGAGAUUCCCAGGAACUUGUUCUUCACAGUCACCUGGAUAAAGAUACACAGACAACUAAAAAAGAUUGCCUGGAAGUACAAAACAAGGAACUCAGCCCUCGAGGGAGCCAUCUACCCCCAAAAUCACCAAGUGAGUGUGGCUUGGCCAACGAGGAGCUGGCAGAAAAGGAGAGGAGGAGGAUGAAGGACUGCUUUGAGCGUUACCGAAGGUCUGGGCUGCAAAAAAGAGCAAUGAGAAGGGCGCCCAAAGACCGGCACCACGAGGUGGAUUGGGAGAACAGCUCUGGCAGCGACAACACCGACACUGAGGGCUCCUGAGAGAGGGACAACACCAGAGAGCCUUGGAAAGGGACACACCAGAGAGCCUUGGAAAGGGACAACACCAUCACCGAGGGCUCCUGAGGGGGACACACCAAAGAGCCUUGGAAAGGGACAACACCAACACCAAGGGCUCCUGAGAGAGGGACAACACCAAAAUCCCUUGGAAAGGGACAGCACCGACACCAGAGUCUCCUCAGGAGCCAAUUUCUGAGGGAAACUCCAGCUUCUCUAGGGCGGCUGUGCCUCUCCAUUUCACUCACAACGGACUGCUUAGAUUUUAAAGCCAUCCAAACAGCCAUUUAUAAAAUUGCUAUUGCGUGGCUCUAACACCCUCUCGGUUAAUAAACAGGUUUAAAUAUGA